UGUUACCCUUAAACCCUCCAAAAGAGGGGCUUAAACCCUAAAAACCCUAUCCUCUCAAUUCCUCUUCUUCAAAACCCUAAUUUCUCCCCUCCUUUAUAUUUAUCUCCAUUUUUCCAUGCCUGUCAAGCUAUUACCACAGCUUCGUUUCUUCAAUUCAACAUUCGCAGUUACUCAUUUCCCCACUAUGAAAUGCAAUUCAACCUUAAAGCCUAAAGCAAUACCCGCUUUUUCUAGAAUGUUCCCACACAAGCUCAAGUACAGGUCAGUUGGGUUUCCAAUUUUACCGGAUCCGGGUCAACAAGAGCUUCGUAAGUUCUCGACCCGGUCCGGUAGACCCGGGUCGGGUUCGGGUCCCGUUUCGAAGAGCUUGAUUGAAGAUGAAGCUGAACUUAGUGAUUGGGUUAGUGGGUUGAGGUCAGAUUCUUCGUUUAAGAAAACUCAGGUGUAUAGUGAUAGUGAUGAUAAUGAGGAAAGGGGAAGGGGUAAAUUUGGUAAUAAGAGAAGAAGGGAUGAUGAUGAUGAUGAUUUUAGUGGGCCUGAUAGGAGAAGUGGAGGACGAGGUGGAAUGCAGUCGAAUUCGAGGAAUGGAGGGAGGUUUGGAAGUGAAUUCGGGGGUGGUAGAGGUGGAGGACGAGGUGGAAUGCAGUCGAAUUCGAGGGGUGGAGGGAGGUUUGGAAAUGAUAGGGGUGGAAGAAGUGGUGGUCGAGAUCGAAUGGAGUCGUCAACGAGGGGUGGAGGAAGGUUUGGAAGUGAGGGUAGAGGAAGUGGAGGUCGGGAUCGGAUGGAGUCGUCAACGAGGGGAGGAAGGUUUGGUAGUGAGGGUAGAGGAAGUGGAGGUCGGGAUCGAAUGGAGUCGUUAUCGCGGGGAGGAAGGUUUGGAAGUGAUGUAGGGAGAGGUGGAGGCCGAGAUAGGAUGGAGUCGUCAUCGCGGGGAGGAAGGUUUGGAAGUGAUGUAGGGAGAGGUGGAAGCCGAGAUAGGAUGGAGUCCUUUCCGAGGAAAGGGGGAAGGUUUGGAAGUGAAAUGGCGAGUCCGAGUGAGAGUAGGAGGGGUAAUGGCAGGGUUGGUAGUGGAUAUGGUAGAGAAAUGGGAGCACAAGGUGGUAGUAGUAGGUUAGGGAGGAAAGAAGGAACGGGUAUGGGGCGAGGGAGUUCGAUGUUGUUGGAUGAAGAUGAUACAGAUGAUGAGAAUGAAAGUGAGGAUGAGGAAGAGGAGAAUGGUUAUAAGGGGUUUCGGAAUUUGAUUGAUAGUGAGGAAGAAAGUGAAGAAUCUGAUGAAGACGAUGAGGUUAAGGAUGAAAAAGUGAUAUCUUUGGAAAAGGAGGAUAGUCCAAGGGCAUCACGCCCGAGUUCAUCUGGAAAAAGUGAUUCCCACCUCACGGAAACCGGGUUUGAUCAGUUUCCACUCUGUCCCUUGUCUCUGAAAGGAGUUAAAGAUGCUGGAUACAAAACGAUGACCGUAGUGCAGGAGGCAACCCUUCCCGUUAUUCUGAAAGGAAAGGACGUUCUGGCCAAGGCAAAGACUGGAACUGGGAAAACUGUAGCAUUUUUGCUUCCUUCAAUUGAAGUUGUGGUAAAAUCACCCCCCAACACUCGUGAUCAAAAGAGGCCACCAGUUCUGGUGCUUGUGAUAUGCCCUACCCGGGAGCUUGCAACUCAAGCAGCUGCCGAGGCCAACACCUUGUUAAAAUAUCACCCUUCAAUUGGGGUUCAAGUUGUUAUAGGAGGAACACGGCUUGCACUUGAGCAGAAAAGGAUGCAAGCAAAUCCAUGUCAGAUACUUGUGGCGACACCUGGGAGGCUUAGAGAUCACGUAGAGAAUACAGCAGGAUUUGCUACUCGAUUGAUGGGUGUUCAAGUGUUGGUUCUUGAUGAAGCUGAUCAUUUAUUGGAUAUGGGGUUCCGUAAAGAAAUUGAGAAAAUCAUCUCUGCUAUUCCAAAACAGCGCCAAACACUUCUCUUUUCUGCAACAGUUCCACCGGAGGUCCGUCAAAUUUGCCAUAUUGCUUUGAAAAGAGACCAUGAAUUUAUCAAUACCGUGGAGGAAGGCAGUGAAGAGACACAUGCACAAGUUCAGCAGAUGCAUCUGGUUUCUCCUCUAGAAACACAUUUUUCACUUCUUUAUGCUCUAUUAAAAGAGCACAUUGCUGAUGAUGUUAACUAUAAGGUUCUUGUAUUUUGCACAACUGCAAUGGUGACAAGACUAGUUGCUGAACUUCUUGGUGAACUUAACUUAAAUGUGCGGGAGAUUCAUUCUCGUAAGCCACAAAGCUAUAGAACAAGGGUUUCAGAUGAAUUUCGCAAGUCAACAGGUCUUAUUCUAGUUUCAUCGGAUGUCUCUGCUCGUGGAGUAGAUUAUCCAGAUGUUACCUUAGUUGUACAGAUUGGAGUGCCAGCUGAUAGACAGCAGUAUAUCCAUCGUCUAGGUAGAACCGGGCGGAAAGGAAAAGAAGGACAAGGCAUUUUAUUGUUGGCUCCAUGGGAGGAAUAUUUCUUGUCUACAAUUAAAGAUUUGCCGAUAUCAAAGGCACCUGUACCUCUGAUUGAUCCAGAGACCAAGAAAAAGGUGGAACGUGCAUUAGCCCAUAUAGAUAUGAAAAGCAAAGAAACUGCAUACCAGGCAUGGCUUGGUUACUAUAAUUCCAACAGGUCUAUUGGUAAGGAUAAGUACAGACUUGUUGAACUUGCAAACGAGUUUAGUCGGACAAUGGGGCUUGACAACCCUCCAGCAAUUCCAAAGCUUGUUCUCGGGAAAAUGGGAUUGAAAAAUGUUCCUGGACUACGUUCCAAGUAAGUUGAGAUAGUGUUGCUUCUUCUCAUAUAUGCAUACGAAGUGUAUAUAUACACGCGCAGGCCAUGCAAUGCAACAAUUAUUUUUUUAGCUUACGCUGCUUUUACAAUUGUUUGUAAUUUAGUUACUAGGAAGAAUUGAAAGCCUUGACAGAGCAUAAUUUGAGUUCCUUUUCGUUUACAGGCAAAUUGGCCUUUCCUCUUUCUAGUAAAUUAUUUUUGUCUCUUCA